CCGGACUCCCGUCAUCGAUCACCAUCUUGAAUCGAGAGGCGUUCGAGGGCUGGCAGAGCCCUUGCGUCGAAGUCUCACCAAGAAGUAUUUUCCUCAGCACUCUCCAUCACCAGCGCUAUCGACUUUGAGAAGAGGGUGCACAGCUUCGAAGUCAGAAGAGGCAAAGCUAGAGGAUGGAUCUGACAAACCUACGCGAUAGCCUCGACUCGUCGUCUCGCGAGCGCCAUCCUGCGUCCGCGUCGGCAAAGAGGGGCGAGGUCGCCCUGACGCGCGACUUCAAGGCGGCGGCGCUGCAAUUGACUACGCUCUACCGCACCUCGCUAUCCGUCUCGAAACGAUCGUAUGCGGCGGGCUACGCGCAGAGCCUGGCCGAUAUCCUCGAUGUCGUCUCUCUGAGGCUGCAGCAGCCUCCUGGCUCGUUCCCAGGCGCUGCGAGGCGCUCGUCGCCUUCGACAUCAUCGUCUUCUUCGUCGAUGCCCGUGGAAGGCAACGCAGCAGACGUCGACCGCGAGGAGCUCAGGUGGCUUGUCCGCUACCUUCGCGCGCGCAUCGACGCCAUCCGGGCCGAGAGCGAGGAUGAAGAGGAGGAGGGUGCGAGAGGGAGGACCACUACAGCGGGCGGCGAGGAGGAAGAGGAAAUGACAGGGACGUUUGAGACGAUGCCUGCAGCAACAGCCAGAGCAGCAGCGGCAGCAGCAGCAUCAGCAGGCGCAGCAGCAUCUUCGACGACAGCAGCUGCUGCGCAAAGCCGGAGCGCGGCACCGCCCAGGACAUCCGAGAAGCGGAAGAAUGAAGCUUCGUCAUCGUCUGCGCUGCUGUCGUCUGAAUCGAUAGAAUCGGCAUUCACCUUCGCGGUGCCCACGCCGCAUCUUCCGCCGACGCCUCGAAAGACUCGGACAAAGACGCAGACGUCGUCGGAGAGCGGCGCUUCUAUCGACUCCUCGUCCGCGACAAGGCAGGCCAAGCGAAGAAAGGGCCUCGUCACGGCCGUCGAGGUUCCGAGUCCUUCCUCUGCCUCACCAGCAGCGACGACAAACAGUGGGCAAGCGAUGGUGAUGCAGGGAGAUAGCGGCAACAGCAACCAAGGCAGGAGGCAUCACCAUCAUCAAUGACGAUUUCUGAAACGCCCUUUUCUCUCACUCAGCGCUUUCGCUUGGCUCUCCUUUCAUAGUCACGCCUGUAUUUCAUUAUCAUCACCAAUGAUUACCUCACCAUCAGUCAAAUAUCAUCAUCAUCAUCAAAG